AUGGCCACCAAACUGCUCCGCGUCGGAUGGCACAGGGAGCACUUCCUCUCGCCGCUUCUGCAGCUCGUGGCUGCCGACGCAGGCAAGACGAUCGAGCUCGUAGAGUGCCCCGGAGGCACAGGCGAGAUGCAGGUCAAGCUCAAGAACAACGAGAUUGACGUGUGUAUUGCUCUCACCGACGCGCUCAUUGCCGGCCUCGCGAACGGCCAGACCAGCUACAAGCUGUGCGGUCGCUACAUUGCGUCACCGCUGCGCUGGGCCAUUAUCACGGGCAAGGACAGCAAGUACAACUCUGUGGAUGACAUCAAGGGCACGACCUUUGGUAUCUCGCGCCAGGGAAGCGGAUCGCAGGUUAUGGCGUCCGUCCUCGCGCUCGAGCAGGGCUGGACUGGGGAGGAGCAGCCCAAGUUUAAGAUCGAGGGCCAGUUUGUUGCGCUCCGCAACUCUGUGAACAACGGCGACACCUCCGUCUUCCUGUGGGAGUGGUUCACUACUAAGCCUCACGUCGACAGCGGCGAGGUCCGUUUCAUCGGUCACGUCAACACCCCCUGGCCAUGCUGGCAGAUCGCCUCGCGCAACGGCUCGGACGACGCCGCCGUCGCGGCCUUCCUCGCAAGCCUCGAGCCCUACGUGAACAAGUUUGACUCGGAAGAGUCCCGCGCCGGCCCCGCAGUCGACUAUGUGACCGAGACGUUUGGCCAGCAGCGUGCCGACGUCGUCGAGUGGCUUGGCAGCGUCAAGUGGGAGUCCCGCCUUGCUGAGAUUAGCGAAAACACCCUCAGCGCGACUCUUCACGGCCUGGAGCAGGCCGGCGUGAUUAAGAAGGAGAGUGACAGGGACGUCAGCGCGUUUAUCAACACCAACGUCGCCAGGAUUGUCGAGUAA